AUGUGGAUGUCCCGUAUCAUAAUUGUUCGGCCCGUUUCUCGAUCAGUUGCCUCACGCCGAUUGUUUCAUCGCUCCAGUUGUUCUGCAACUCGAUCCCGAACAAGUACAGAUGCCAUUCUUCGAGGAAAUGAGCGAUCUAUCACGCUUGAUGACCAUGCGGUGGCCAAGGUGGAUGUCAGCCAGUUGGCGGCGAAUCGACCAGUUGAAGAUUUCUUCGCGGCUUCGAAAUGCUUAUCGUCCAAUGCCCAUUUAUUUGGGGUCUUUGAUGGACAUGGCGGGGCUUCUUGUGCAAGGCAUGUAUCUACAAGACUUUUCGAUUACAUUUGCGCUUCUGUUCUUGAGAAACACACCUUAGCACAGAUACCGCUUAAUGAAAGAAUACAACACUUAUUCUCAAGUGCCGACCCACGACUACCUUCUUUUAUCAGGGACAUUCAUGAAUUCAACGUUAGAGAGUUUCACGAAAGGUAAGUAUACUCUACGUUACCCAGAAUUAUAUUUAGAUUUCGACGGCGAGAAGACAUGACAACAGUUAGGAAGGCCUUGCAGUAUGCAUUUACCCGUUUAGAUUCGGAUAUUUGCAACGGCGCGUUACCUGAUUCGAGGGGGCAAGUUUGCAGGUAAGUGGUAACUUUUUUUGAAUCCCAGUGUGUCGCUACUUUUUUCAGAAUGAGUGUCAAUGUCGCAACAUCCGGAUCCUGUGCGAUAAUUACACAUAUUAGAAGAGGGCAUUUACAUGUAGCGAAUUCUGGAGAUUGUGCGGCCGUUUUGGGGGUUGUGAAUCAUGGUCAUCUUGUUGCGCGACAAUUAUCGAAACCUCAUACUAUUGACAAUAUCGACGAAACGAAUCGUGUAAGAUCACAGCACCCAGUGUCUGAAAGAGCCACAGUUCUUAAAGGUAACUUUGUCAAUAUAUACCUACAUACCCCACAGGAGGACGUUUGUUAGGGGAGCUCUACCCCCUUCGAGCGUUUGGGGAUGUCCGUUACAAGUGGCAAAUGGAACUGCAGAAAGUAGUACUGGAACCUCUAGGAAUGUCACCACCCAGCGGACUUCAAACUCCUCCCUAUCUGACAGCACAACCAGAAGUUUUCUACCAUAAACUAACUCCAAAUGACAAGUUUCUUGUCAUAGCCAGUGAUGGAUUAUGGGAAUGGUUAGACCCUGAUACUAUAGUUCGACUAGUCAGUGAUCAUGCACUAGGAACUCAGACACUCAGCAACUAUCAGCCAUCUCCAGAAAAAACCCUGGGGGAAGUAAGUGACUGGCAUUUGAAAAAAAAUCAUCAAAUGGUUUUGAAAACCUUGUAAGUUUAGAUCGUAGAAGAGAUCGAUCGACGACGAAAAGGCACCGUAAAGAAACCGUUAGAUGAUAACAGUGCCACGCAUAUCAUACGUAACGCCCUAGGAGGUUGUUCUGGCGGAACUGAUCAACAGUAUUCAAGACUUCAAGAUAGUCUCCAGCUACCUCCAGGGAUGGCAAGAAAUUAUCGAGACGAUAUUACUGUUAUUGUUGUGCAUUUCAACGACGCGUAUUUACAAGUCAACGCCGAUGCCGACGAAGGAUAA